AACUGGUGUUUGGGGUUCUUGAUUUAUGGGCUUUCAUCAUAUCAAUUCAAAAGUGGGUGCUGGCUCUGCUCGUCGAUCUAAUUCUCGGCUGCGAAGACACCUCCAAGCUAUGAAGAGUAGAAAGAUUUUUGGAAUAUCUCUUUCCAUCCUUCUUAUAAAUUUGGCUGCUAUUAUGGAGCGCGCUGAUGAAAAUCUUCUCCCAUCUGUUUACAAAGAAGUCAGUGAAGCUUUCAGUGCUGGACCAUCUGAUCUGGGAUAUCUCACAUUCAUCAGAAACUUUGUGCAGGGCCUGUCAUCUCCUUUGGCAGGUGUACUGGUAAUUAAACAUGACCGCCCCACUGUUCUUGCGAUUGGAACUUUGUGUUGGGCGUUAUCAACUGCUGCAGUGGGUGCAAGCCAGCAUUUUCUGCAGGUUGCAUUAUGGAGAGCGGUGAACGGGUUUGGAUUGGCAAUUGUAAUACCGGCACUCCAGUCUUUUAUUGCUGAUAGUUAUACCGAUGGUGUGAGGGGGGCAGGGUUUGGUUUUUUAAGCCUUGUUGGUUCUUUAGGUGGCAUAGGAGGCGGUGUUCUAGCCACCAUAAUGGCUGGUCACCAGUUCGGUGGCACGCCUGGUUGGCGCUGUGCAUUCAUUCUGAUGGCAGCAGUGAGUGCAUUGAUUGGGUUCCUAGUCUUUUUAUUUGUCAUUGAUCCUCGGAAAACAGUUGGCAUGAGCCAUGAAUCUGGCAAAAAUUUUGAUAGGGAUGAAUUGAUAGAGAAGGGAAAUGCAAGUGCCUCAUCCGUUUGGCUUGAGUCUUGGGCAGCCACCAAGGCUGUCAUAAAAGUGCCUACAUUUCAGAUCAUUGUGUUGCAGGGUCUUGUCGGUUCACUUCCAUGGACUGCAAUGGUGUUCUUUACCAUGUGGUUUGAACUUAUUGGUUUUGAUCAUAAAUCCACAGCAGCUCUUCUGAGUUUUUUUGCCAUCGGAUGUGCAAUGGGUUCCUUUGUUGGUGGGUUAAUAGCAGACAGACUGACACAAAUAUAUCCCCAUUCUGCCCGUAUCAUGUGUGCACAGUUCAGUGCCUUCAUGGGCAUCCCAUUCUCAUGGUUCCUCCUAAAAGUGAUCCCACAAUCAGUUAGCAGCUACUCCACCUUUGCAGUAACUCUCUUCUUAAUGGGCUUAACCAUCAGCUGGAAUGGUACUGCUGCAAAUGGUCCCAUGUUUGCUGAGGUAGUGCCUGCUAAACAUCGGACCAUGAUCUAUGCAUUCGACCGUGCUUUCGAAGGAUCCUUCUCUUCUGUUGCUGCUCCGUUGGUAGGGAUUCUUUCAGAAAGGAUGUUUGGUUAUGAUUCAACAUCCAUAGAUCCAAAUAAAGGUUCCCCUCGCGAGGCUUUGGCAUUGUCUAGAGGCCUCCUCUCCAUGAUGGCAGUUCCAUUCGGUUUGUGUUGUUUGUUUUACACACCAUUAUACAAAUUUUUUUGGCGAGACCGUGAGAAUGCUAGGAUGAUGAGUUCGAAAGAGGAAGAAAUGAUUUGAGCCUUGUCUUUUUACGAGAAUAUUUCUUCCGACUUUAAAUUUAGAACAU